GAUAAAGACUGUAGCGGAGAAAGACAGGCGGAAUCUGAAAUAUCAGUGAAGUGUUGGUUUUAAAGUUUUAAUUGAUUCGUUUGAAGUAAGUUUUACGUGUGGUAUACUUUAAAGACGGAUUUACGUGGGAAUAUCCGGAUACAAGGCGAAGAUGUCUUCAUCUUUCAACGUCAAAAAGGAAGAAAAGGGAAGGAACAUCCAAGUUGUUGUACGAUGCAGACCUUUCAACACAGCAGAGCGCAAACCCGGGUCCCAUUCUGUAGUGGAAUGCGACAACGCUAGAAGAGAGCUAAAUGUGCGUACUGGGGGCAUUGGUGAUAAAUCUGCCCGGAAGACCUACACCUUCGAUAUGGUUUUUGGACCAUCGGCCAAGCAAAUCGAGGUGUACAGGAGUGUGGUCUGUCCCAUUUUGGAUGAAGUGAUCAUGGGAUAUAACUGCACUGUUUUUGCAUAUGGACAGACUGGCACAGGAAAAACCUUCACAAUGGAGGGCGAGAGGUCAGCAAAUGAGGAAUUUACAUGGGAAGCGGACCCCCUAGCUGGCAUCAUUCCUCGAACACUCCACCAGAUCUUUGAGAAGCUUUCGAACAAUGGGACCGAGUUUUCAGUCAAGGUUUCUUUGCUGGAGAUUUACAAUGAGGAGCUCUUUGAUCUUCUCAGCCCUUCCCCUGAUGUGACCGAGAGGCUCCAAAUGUUUGAUGAUCCUCGUAACAAGCGCGGGGUCAUCAUCAAGGGCCUGGAAGAAAUUACAGUGCACAACAAAGACGAAGUUUACCAGAUUCUGGAGCGCGGGUCAGCCAAGAGGAAAACCGCGUCCACCCUGAUGAAUGCGUACUCCAGCCGCUCCCACUCCGUGUUCUCCGUCACCAUUCACAUGAAGGAGACCACCAUCGACGGGGAAGAGCUGGUCAAGAUCGGGAAGCUCAAUUUGGUGGAUCUUGCUGGCAGCGAGAACAUCGGUCGUUCGGGGGCUGUGGACAAACGGGCGCGUGAAGCCGGCAACAUCAAUCAGUCGCUGCUGACCCUGGGGCGGGUGAUCACCGCCCUGGUGGAGAGGGCCCCUCACGUGCCCUACCGGGAGUCCAAACUCACCCGCAUCCUCCAGGACUCCCUCGGAGGCCGCACCAAAACGUCCAUCAUCGCCACCAUCUCGCCCGCCUCCAUUAACCUCGAGGAAACGUUAAGCACCCUGGAAUAUGCCAAUAGAGCGAAGAACAUUAUGAAUAAGCCUGAAGUCAAUCAGAAACUGACAAAGAGGGCCCUCAUCAAGGAAUACACUGAGGAAAUUGAACGUCUGAAACGGGACCUGGCUGCCUCUCGGGAUAAGAAUGGAGUGUAUCUGUCGUCUGAGAACUUUGACUCGAUGAACGGCAAAAUAGCAGUACAGGAGGAGCAGAUCGGGGAGUUCACUGAGAAGAUUUCCGCUCUGGAUGAAGAGCUCAAGAGGCUGACGGAGCUGUUCUCUGACAGCAAGCGGGAGCUGGAGCAGUGUUCAAACAGCCUGAAUGACGUGAAGCUGCAGCUGGACGAGGCGCAGACAGACCUGCAGGACACCAAACAGAGGCUGAGCGUGGAGCAGUUCGUCGUUUCUGAGCUGGAGACUACGGAGGAGAAACUGUUCAGCACUGCAGAAAAGUUGUUGACUACGGCUGACGUCAGCACCAGAGACGUCUCCGGUCUGCAUGAAAAGCUGGACCGAAAGAAAGCGGUGGAUGAACACAAUGCUCAAAUGCAGAAGGGCUUUGGAAAUCAGAUGGACACCAUCUUUAACCAAAUGCAGACGUCCGUCAACGAACAGCGUGCCAAACACCAGGACGUGUUCGGCUUCUACAAAAGCUCAGUGGCCUCCCUCCUGGAUGUCAGCGCUACGGCUUUCAGUGAAGCGACGUCGACCGUCACCACGUCUUUUAAAAGCAUCGGAGAUCUUGUGGGCGCCAGCGUGACCAAGUGCGUGGUUGAGAUGGAGGAGCAGGAGUCUCUGUGCCAGGAGGGAAAGGAUCGCAUGAAGCACAUUUUGGAGGAGCACAGGCAUGAAAUGGAAGAGGGGAUAUUUGCAGUAAUCCUGCCGAGCCUCACCGCUCUUAUGGAGAUGCAUGAGGCACUGAAGCGCUCGCUGCAGGAUCACUCUGCUGUAGCAGAAAAGAUGGAGAGCAUGAAACGGGAGAUGAGCUCGUUCUUCACGGAUCACACACAAGCUCUGGCCAGACUGCGCGGCACAGCGGACGCUGGAUUCAGCUCUCUGCUGGCAGAGAACGAGAAGCUGAAGCAGAAGAUGAGCUCCACGGGCAAGAAGCACGAGGCGAGUGUGGCGCAGGUGAUUUCGUGCCUGCAGAACCAGUUGAGCCUCUUGGCUUUGGAGACCAAAACUGACCUCGGCGAGCUCCUGGCCCAGUCCGAGGCAGUGCAGGGGCCUGUGGCGUCUCUUCAGAAGGACAUUCAAACGCAAUGUACGGCAGCGGAGAAGGGCGCGGUCGCCCAGCGGGGCCAUGCGGACGCAGCCUCAGACAGCCUGGCAGCUGACCUGCGCCGGGCAGCCGAGGAGGCCGAGCAGACCCUGGAGGAGUGCUCCGGCCAGCACGGGUACCUGAAGACCGCCGUCACCCGGCUGGGCCAGCAGAGCCUGGUCUGGUGCGACACGGCCCAGGCCACCGCCGCCUCCCUGGCUGAAGAGCAGCUCUCCAAGAUGGCCUCCUGCAAGACCUCCGCUCAGGCUCUGCAGAAGGACGUGGAGGCGGGGUGUGAGGGCGCAGCCCGGGGGGCCAGCGAGCAGCUGAAACUGCAGCAGAGCGCGGUUCAGGAAACGCUGGAGGUGCUGGAGAAGCAGAUCAGCUCCGACGAGGCCGCGCUCCAGCUCUACUCCGCCGAGCUGGCCAGCCACCCCUGCAGAGGCCUCUCCAAGGUCCGCGCCUUCCUCCACGAGGAGCUCGCGCACGACGUGCCCACAGGCAGAACCCCGCAGCGCAAAGACUACGUCUACCCCAGGACGCUGGCCAGAAGCCGGAGGAGAGAGGAGCUGCUGGAGAGCUUCAGCAAGCAGCAGGAGCUUCAGGCUGCUCAGUCUCUGUGCGAGGCUGUGCAAGAGGAGCAGGUUGAUGAGGUACGGCGAGAAGAGCAGAUGGAGGAGGACUCCCUACAGGAGGAGGUUAGCAGUUGCAACGACACCACCAUCCCUGAACUGUCGUACGUUGACGAGAACGUCAUGUGCUACGAAAGUCAGAGGGGCCCCUUCUUCAAGCGCAAGAGAGGUGGCAAGAAGGACAAGUCUUCUCUCGACCACUCCAAGACGACCGAAAACGAGCGGGAAUCUCCCGUGCGAUCCAAGCUGCCUCUCCGGGUCCAAAAUUAGUCCUUUUUAUAUGUGUCUGUUCUAUCCUGUCUUUUUUUCCUUCAAUCAUAAUAUUUUAAAGUUUCCUUUGUGUAAAUGGAUUUUUAACGUCCCAUUUUUAUUUGGUUUUUUUUUUAAGUGUUCUAAUAAAUGCAGUGAUUUCCCCUUU